GCAAUCUCCGCGUCCAAUUGCCAUGGGAGAUGGUCAUUUGAUCUCGAUUUCAUUGGCCAUAUCCAUUUUGCUAUGCAUUCCCACGGUAUUUGGCAUAAGGGGCGGCUCGCCAGUUGUUGUCGCCGAUGACGAUCAGAGCGAGGAAGCUAUGGAAUAUGCCCCACAAUUUGAACAUCCCGAAUAUGCCUUCAGUUAUGGCGUUAAAGAUCUGCACACAGGCGAUGUGAAAUCGCAAUGGGAAUCACGUGAUGGUGACGGGGUCAAGGGGCACUAUAGCAUACUCGAACCGGAUGGAUCGAUUAGGACAGUGCACUAUACGGCCGAUGCCAAGAGAGGUUUCAAUGCGAUUGUGAAGACGGUGGGAGCGAAUUCGCAUCCCAUUACAGAGACACCCGACGGGGCUGCAAAUGAUCUAAACGAUGAUACGUCCCAAUCCAAGAUCAAUCAUUACAGCAAGGAUCAAGAACACAUUGUCUUAAGUUCGGAUAUAAAGCCAUUGAAGAAACCCAUUGAAGACUUGACGCAUUCACAUCCGAAAAUUCCCAGUUUGAUAGAGUUCAAGCCACAUGCCCGGAUCAAGCAGGUGCCCAUGGAAAUGGAGCCAGGUAUUCGCGACAGAUUGCAGCAGGCACGAGACAAUUAUUAUAAACAAAUCGCCGCUGCCCAAAAGCUGCAUGCCAGCAGCAAUUAUCCCUCUCCCAGUAUACAGGAGGGUGAAUGGAAAGCCGUCAUUGUGAAUGAGCCCAAAGAGUAUCGUCCGCAUUAUACGACAAUUCAGCCGCAGCCGCAUCAUCAUCCGUACUACGAUCACUAUGCUCCGAAGGACUUGCCGGCCAACUACUUGCAUCAUCCUUCGGUGCCGAAACAAGCAUUGCACACCAGUUUCACCCAAUCAAAACUGCGACCCACCGAGCCCAUUUCCAAUCAUAUACACCAGAAGAAAGUUGUCCAUACGACGCCAGGACUGAAGCACUACAAAUACAAGGGGGUGUCCAAGAGUUAUGCCCGUCCCGACUAUUCGAGCUACUUCCAAAGGAAACCCAAGAAACUGAUACCACAUUAUCGUCCAUAUCCAAAGGCCAAUUCUCGUCCACAUAAGCCAGGCAAUUCUGGGGCUUCUGGUCCCGUUCUCUUCCCCGAGGUAUACGACGAAUUCGAGAAUAUUCAGGACGACGAGGAUAACAGUGAGGAGAUCGAUGAGCAGGGAGCCGCCUCGGCCAGCUUGGUCCAAGCCAUGGUGCGUAAGGAUAAAAAGCAUAUGGUUCCCAUGUACGCGGGCGGACACAAAUUCAACUAUAGAAGUCUUAUUGGGGUGUAAAGGUAUCUCCAUAUUUAUAUGUUCUUUUUAUAUUAAUUUGCUUCUAUUUAUUCGUAAUUUAUUUGUAUGUUUAGUUAUUUCUG